AUGGCUCCCUCUCCGCAGGUCCGUCAGGUUUCCAGCGCGGUCCCUCUGCAUCACGUGCAAGGUCGAUCCUGCCGUCCGCCGGGCGACAUUGCCCUCUUGCGGCAGCGAUUCGACGAUCUCCCAAUCCGGCCUGCGGACAAAGACUCCAACUGGCCUGUUCCAUACGACCAGCUCUUUGACCAGUACGUCGACGCCGACCUGCUGGAUCUCAGCAGCGACAAUACUGGCGAGGCCAGCAGCUCCGAUGACCUUGGGAAUCUCUUUGACAUUUCCUCGUCCUCGAAUGGGAGCGCGGCGGCCAAAACCUCGCCUAUGCCCCAUUGGGACCCAUCAAGGCACACCGAACCAGAGGAAACAUGGCAGCAGGCUUGGGGCUAUAUUGGCUCAAAAGUAGCCCCGGCCGCGCCCGAAGGCAGUCAGAGUUCGAUCUUACCAGAGUCCCGUGGCAAGGCUGUCACUACCAACCCGGAGCUUUUCAGCUUGGCCGCUGCGCCUGCCUGCUCCCCUCAAGUACCUAGCGAGCCCUUCGUUUUCUCUGCUCCUUCCUCCCCACGACCAAUUGUUUCCUCUUGUGAGCCCAAGAAAUUCAACAGUCUCCCCAUCCGCGGCAGCAAGAGACAGACGCCUUCAGUCAUCAGACGCACUGCUUCCAGGGGCAGCUUUUCCCCCAAGAUGAUGCGCUCAACCCCAUAUCGGACCGGCUACCAAGAGAUCUGGGCCAAGCGCGUCGGCGCCCCUCCGCUCUCUCCUCCGCCUUCUUCCAAGGUGUCCCAGGAAGAGUCUCACUAUGGCUACGACUUUUCCCCCAACCUGCCCUACACCACCUCGGGCGAGGUUGCCGAUAUCGAGCGUCAACUGUCGUUCCCGAACUACAGUGCCAGCCGGUCUCAAAUACAGAUGACCCCAGUCGCGUCCCCGACCACUCAGGCUCCAAGCAGCGCUAGGUCGUCCUUCCACGCUUCCAGCGACCCUUCGAACAACCCAUAUCUCACACACGAUCUCAACGAGGCAUUGCAGACACCGCCUCAGUCUUCACGCCUUCCGUCGUCCUCAUGGAACCAGGGUGCGACGGCGGCUUUCGAUUUCGGCAGCUUCUCAGCCUCGUCUGACUACUCGCAAGACCGAGAGCCUCAGCCUUGGUGGUCCAGCACUAGCGUCUCUCAGCCUUCCCAGCCCACGACGUAUCACAAUGGUCGGCAUGACUUCCUAGGCGUCAGCUCAGCCUCGUCUGACCUCGCUGCCGGUGGGCUGAUGAUUCAAUGCGAACCAUCAUCCAUGGCCAGCAUGCUCGACGCACAUGCGCCCGACGCAUCAUCCUCCUUUUCGACAUCUUCACCGGUCGUGUACCCCUCGCAGAUGUACACGUCGAAUGCCAUGGCGUCUACCCCCACCUUUGCGCAACACCCACACCAACAGCGUUCCGGUGCGCCUCCGCACCCUCACCCGGCGGCCCGGCAACACCACAUGCAGCAGCAGCAGCAUCACCACCAUCAUCAGCAAAUUACACCUCCGUCCCGCAGCCCCACCUCAUCGCCGCUUCACACUCCUUCAGUCAUGCCCCAACAGUUCAUCGCCCGCUCACGGCGCGACUCAUCGCAGCCCUGCCCUCCCCCAUCGUCGCGUCCUCGGUCGCACCACCGGCGCAAGUCCAGCUCGCACUCAUCGACGGGUCCGUCGUCGACUCCGCGCCCCGCUUCGGUCGGCUUCGUCAAUUACACACCCGACGACAGCCGCAAGAUCCUGACGGGCGUAGCCCCUUCCGGGUCGAGCAAGACGAAGGCACGACGCGAGAAGGAGGCGGCGGAGAAGCGCAGAAGGCUGAGCCAGGCAGCUGCAAGGGCCAUCAUCGAAGCAGGUGGAGACCUGGCUGCGCUGGAGAGGGAAGGCCUGCUGUACUUGCCUGAGACGAAGGAGAUGCUGGCUUCGAAAGGCAACAUGGUGUAA